AUGACCGACAUACCACCUCUACUCAUUGAAAACACUGUUAACAUAACUUCACAUUUAACAACAUUCAACGACACUCCGUCAGCUGCGAAUGAAACGGGUGGUAGUCCUGUGGAAUUACUGGUAAACAGAACAAUCAACUUGAAGGCUAACAUAACUGCCAAGGCUAACAUAACUGCCGAGACGAGAGAACGUCUAAAGUACUUGACAGAAACUGAUGCUCAACUACGACAGCAGUGGAAACUUAACCGAGAUAAAAUUAGCGGCAUCAGAAAUCGUCUGAAGCGUAUCGGUAAAAAUCAGUUUAUUUACACGAAGGAAAAUACCCAUGUUGGCAGAAAGUAUUACAAUACGUGGAAUGGAAUGACGAAGAUCGAUAGCUGCAAGCGAAUGUUACUACCCCAGGCGUCUCCAUUCGCAAACGUGCCGUUAUUCAAUAAAUGUGCCAUUGUUGGAAAUGGCGGAAUCCUGCGGAAUAGUAGCUGUGGUAAAGAGAUUGACCAAUACAAGUUUGUAAUGAGGUCUAACCUUCAACCUCUGGGUCACUACACAGUUGACGCUGGACGGAGGACCAACUUGACCAGUAUGAAUCCCAGUGUUAUUAAGGACAGGUUUGCUCUGCUACAAAACCCUGAUAACAUCACAAGUUUCCUUGAUGCAUUAUCGGAGUAUACUGGAUAUAUAUUGUGGAUUCCAAACAGCAAAAUGGUUACGCACGAAUUAGCCUUUGAUGUUACUACUUUGCUGCAGCAAAACUCCACGCUGGAAAUGCUGCUAUCAGACGCAAAAUAUUUCGGAAUACUUAAAAAGUUUUGGAAAUCGAAAAAACAGUUAUCAUCAGGUAUGAUGCUGGUCAGCUUAGGGAUAAAUGUAUACGAGCAAAUUCAUCUGUACGGGUUUUGGCCGUUCGAGUACGACGCUACAGGGCGUUAUUUACCAAUGCACUACUCCGAAGACUUGGACUGGUCUACCUUCCCUGGCAACCACGACUAUUCAUUUGAAUUCAAAGUGCUGACCAAGCUUCACUCUGACGGCGUUCUCAAGCUACACAUCGAUAAAUGUUCUUUAUAA